AUGGUUGCAUUGGCAAUCAUUAGGCACAACUAUCCAUUCUCAUUUGCAGAACAUGAGAACAAUAGGUUGCUUCAUUGUUAUUUGAAUCCUGAUGUUAAGACUAUAUGUAGGAACAUUGCAAAAUCGGAUGUGAUAAAAAUAUACAGGAGAGAAAAGGAAAAUUUGAAGCAUGAUUUAAAGUCAAUUACUGGGAAGUUUUGCUUAACAUCAGAUUUAUGGUCUUCACCUAACACUAAUGAGUACAUGAAGAAAGUUUUGAGUUUUUGUCAUGUGCCACCUCCACAUGGUGGUGUUAUAUUGGCAGAGAGGUUGUUAGGUUUGCUGAAAGAGUGGGGCAUUGAGAAGAGGGUAUUCACCAUUACUUUAGAUAAUGUUUCAUAUAAUGAUACUUUGGUGAGUCAUUUAAAGAGACACCCUUCUUUUAGACCUUAUUUACCUUAUGGUGGUGAGUUCUUUCAUGUGCGUUGUGGUGCACACAUAUUAAACCUUAUUGUACAAGAUGGAUUAAAAGUCAUAAAUGAGGUUGUGUAUAAUUUACGUGAAAGUGUUAAAUAUGUGAGAGGUUCAAAUCAUAGGAAGUUGAGGUUUGCUCAAUGUCUUUCAGAGCUUCCUUUUUUGACAAGUAUGAAAGUACGCCAAGAUGUCCCAACAAGAUGGAACUCAACAUACUUGAUGAUUGAGAUUUGUCUUAAGUAUCGAGAUGCAUUUUCUCACUUGAGUAGGAUUGAUAAAUACUUUGUCAAUUGCCCUUCAGAGGAGGAAUGGGAAAGGGUGGAGAAUAUAGCAAGGUUUUUGGAACCAUUUUAUGAUAUUACCAAGCUUUUCUUUGGGACAAACUACCCCACAGCCAACUUGUAUUUCCAUUGUGUUUGGAAGAUUCAGUUGCGUAUUAUGGAACAGUUAGAAGAUGAUGAUGCGAUAAUCAGAGCAAUGGCAAAAGAAAUGAAAGAAAAUUUUGAUAAAUACUGGGAGUAUUAUAGUCCUGUGCUAUCAUUUGCUGUCAUUUUGGAUCCUAGAUACAAGUUGCAAUGUAUAGAAUUUUGUUAUAGCAAGUUGUAUAAGCAAGAAGCAAUAUCUAUGGCAACGAAUCUUCGUGAUACAUUGUAUGGCAUCUUUGAGGACUAUAAGAAUUCUACUAGUGAUAUCUGCAAUAUGGUUGAAGUAGCAUCCAGUAGUGGUGGAUUGCAUGGUCAUUAUGUUAGGCAUGAUGACUUCUUUGGUUUUGAGACAUAUAAGAGUCAACUUAUUGGUUCAGAUUCAAGCAAGUCACAAUUGGAUUUAUACUUGGAAGAGGCUCGAUUUGACCAUAAGUUGCACGAGGAUUUGAAUGUUAUAGGUAUUGGUGGCCGCAUUCUUGAUAAGUUUCGCAGUUCUCUUUUGCCACAAACUGCAAAAGCUUUGUUAUGUGCUCGUGAUUGGCUAUGUGGAGUACCAGUUGUACAUGAUUUUGAGGAAGAAAGUCUUGUGGAGGAUUUUGGCAACUUGUGCCUAUCUCAAUCUAGUUCAUAUGUUGAUGAGGAUUAG